AUGAACGUGUUCAACACGGACAAGUCUCGUUUGUCACCUCAAGAGAUGGCGAUGUCGUCGAACACAAUUAUUCGUCAGAAGUAUCGCAAGGAGUUCACGUUGGAAUUUUCUCGUGAUCGUAAAUCGAUGUCUACCUACGUGACACCAGCAACAAAAGGUGCAGCUGGUGGUGGCUCGACAGGCGCAAAGAUGUUCGUGAAAGGCGCACCAGAGUCAGUGGUAGAACGAUGCACACAUAUUCGAGUUGGAACACAAAAAGUACCAAUGACUGCAACUGUCAAGCGUGAAAUUCUGACCCUGAUCGAUCAAUACGGAACAGGUCGAGAUACUCUUCGUUGUUUAGCUUUGGGCACCAUCGACAGUCCAUUACGUCGAGAAGACAUGGACUUAGAAGAUCCCCGAAAAUUUGUUAAUUAUGAAAACAAUAUUACAUUUGUUGGUGUUGUUGGUAUGCUUGAUCCGCCACGUUCUCAAGUACGAGGAGCUGUGGAACGAUGUCGCCGGGCCGGCAUUCGUGUCAUUAUGAUUACGGGUGAUAAUAAGAAUACAGCUGAAGCGAUGUGUCACCGAGUCGGUAUUUUCGGAGAUACAGAAGAUACCCGCGGAAAAGCAUACAGCGGUCGUGAAUUCGAUGAACUAACACGAGAGGAGCAAUCGGAAGCUUGCCGUUAUGCAAAACUAUUUGCUCGUGUCGAUCCUGCACACAAAUCAAAGAUUGUCGAGUUCUUACAAUCUCAUGGUGAGAUCACUGCUAUGACUGGUGAUGGUGUCAACGAUGCACCUGCUUUGAAAAAGGCCGAAAUCGGUAUUGCUAUGGGCUCUGGUACUGCUGUUGCCAAAACAGCUUCUGACAUGGUUUUGGCUGAUGACAACUUCUCAUCAAUUGUAUCAGCUGUCGAAGAGGGUCGUGCAAUCUACAACAACAUGAAACAAUUCAUUCGCUACCUUAUUUCAUCCAAUAUCGGAGAGGUCGUCUGUAUUUUCUUGACUGCUGCACUUGGUUUACCUGAAUCGUUGAUUCCUGUUCAAUUACUUUGGGUGAACUUGGUAACAGACGGCUUACCAGCUACAGCUCUUGGGUUCAAUCCACCUGACUUGGAUAUCAUGGAACGUCCACCACGAAAAUCGAAAGAAUCAUUAAUCACACCUUGGCUCUUCUUCCGCUAUUUAGUGAUUGGAAGUUAUGUUGGUUUCGCCGUAGUAUGGAGUGCAACAUGGUGGUCAAUGUACGCAUCGAACGGCCCUAAACUUUCCUAUUGGCAUUUGAAAAAUCACUUCAAAUGUCGCGCUGGUGGUAAAGAAUGGGAAAAUAUUGAUUGUUCAAUUUUCGAAGAUCCACAUCCAAUGACAAUGGCUCUCUCUGUCUUAGUCACUAUUGAGAUGUUGAAUGCCCUGAACAGUUUAUCUGAGAAUCAAUCCUUGCUAAGAAUGCCACCAUGGAGAAAUAAAUAUUUACUCUAUGCUAUUGCACUAUCCAUGUCAUUGCAUAUGAUGAUUUUAUAUAUUCCCAUAUUUAACACUGUAUUUCAAAUUUGUCCACUUUCGGUGGAAGAAUGGCUCGCAGUUAUUAAAAUCUCUCUACCAGUCAUCCUGCUGGAUGAAAUAUUGAAAUUCGUUGCACGACGAUAUCUUGAUCGUGGCAGCAAAUCUAAACAUAUCUUACCUGGUGUAUUCUCCUCAUUUAGUACGUCACUAUUCAAGAAUGAUCUACCUUCUUCAGUCGAUAAAAUCUACGGACAUGAAACAGCACAUGUCGAAUGA